AUGCAGUUAGCAACAUUUUCAAGCAUCUUUUCGCUGCUCUGCUUCUGGGUCAAUGGUUCGGCUGGGCAGUUCAUUUUCGAAACCCCAAAGCACUUAACGCAUUUGCAGCCUCCGCAGUAUGCACCGCAAUACGCAACGCAUCAGCAGCAACAGGAUAAUCAUAUACAAUCGCGUUCACCUUAUGGCUUACCAACAUCGCAUAUGAUGCGCUCCCAACGUUCUCUGUACGGUGGCUGGGGGCCUGUAAGUGUUGGUCCUGUCGGCUAUGGCAGCGUCGGUCCAGUUAGCUCUCUUGGCACUAUUGGCAUAACGAAAGAAGAGUUGCUAGCGCUGCUCGAAGCAUGGAAGGAGGUUGAAAAGCCAGCACCUGAGCCUGCACCCGAGCCAGAGCCUGAGCCGGAACCCGAACCUGAACCAGAGCCCGAACCAGAGCCAGAACCAGAGCCGGAACCUGAACCAGAGCCCGAGCCUGCACCAGAACCGGAAGAGCCAGCACCUGCACCACCAGCUGGUGCUAAACCGCCACCACCCGGUGUUCCGCUAACUGUUUCUCUGCCAGCCUUCGUACCUAUACAAUUGUCUGCUAUGUAUACAGCUCCAGCACCACCGGCGCCACCAGCUGAAGGCGGUGGUGAGGUUGAAGCAGAACCAGAACCGGAACCAGAGCCAGAGCCAGAGCCAGAACCAGAGCCAGAACCUGAGCCAGAACCAGAGCCCGAACCUGAACCUGAAGAGGAACCCGAACCAGAACCUGUACCCGCACCGGUUUACGGCGGUUAUGGACAUGGUCAUCAUCGCUUUGUUUAUCUUUCGCGUACACCGUUCAGGCGUGCAAAGCCGUUUGCAAGAAAUCCAUUUCUUCGUGCGAAUAAAGGUAUUAAGCCCAGAACCUCAACAAAGUCAGGAGCACGAAAGUCUAAGAACAGCACUAAAAAGAAUUCUAAAGCAAAAUCCAAAUCUUUGGCAAAGCCAAGAAACACUAAAUUCUCAGCUAUUCGCUUCCCUGUUUCAAAUGCCAAACAAUUCGCCUCCAACAAUUUCGUAGCGAACAAGCCAAGAAAUUUGCGACUACCACACCGCGUGCGACCAAGAAGCUUCACGGCCUUGCCACCACCACCAUUCCUCGCCAACCCACCAGCUCCUUUGAAGUUAGUGCCAUCCUCUGAAUUGUUAAGUAACUGGGCCUAG